AUGGGGGAGGUUGGUGCUGCAGACAUGAUCUACACCCAGGAUGGCACCGUGGACUUCAAGGGCAACCCGGCCCUCAAGAAGAGCACCGGCAACUGGCGCGCCUGCCCCUACAUCCUCGCGAACGAGUGCUGCGAGCGGCUGGCCUACUACGGCAUGAGCACCAACCUCGUCAACUUCAUGACGGACGAAAUGGGCAUGACCUACACCGCCGCCGCCAACAGCGUCACCAACUGGGGCGGCACCUGCUACGCCACCACCCUCAUCGGCGCCUUCCUCGCCGACGCCUACCUCGGCCGCUUCCGGACCAUCGCCUCCUUCGUCAUCAUCUACAUCAUCGGGCUGGGGCUUCUGACGAUGGCGGCGUCCGUGAAAGGGCUGGUGCCGACGUGCGCGGCGAAGGGAGUGCGCGACCCGAUGGCGGGGCAGACGGCGGCGGUCUUCGUGGGUCUGUACCUGGUCGCGCUUGGCACGGGCGGGAUCAAGCCCUGCGUGUCCUCAUUCGGGGCGGACCAGUUCGACGAGCACGACGACGGCGAGCGCCGGAGCAAGAGCUCCUUCUUCAACUGGUUCUACUUCUCCAUCAACAUCGGCGCGCUGGUGGCAUCGUCGGUGCUGGUGUACGUGCAGGAACGCUUCGGCUGGGGCUGGGGCUUCGGCAUCCCCGCGGUCGUCAUGCUCAUCGCCGUCGGCAGCUUCUUCGUUGGCACGCCGCUCUACCGCCACCAGCGCGCCCGCGGCAGCCCGCUCACCCGCAUAGCGCAGGUGCUCGUCGCGGCCACGCGCAAGUGGAGCGUCGCGGUCCCCGUCGACGUCUCGGCGCUGUACGAGAGGCCGGACAGGGAGCACGGCAAGAUGGAGCACACCGAGAAGUUCAGGUUCCUCGACAAGGCGGCAGUGGAGACGCCGGCGGACAGGGCGGCAAGCGAGUCAUCCGCGUGGCGGCUGUGCACGGUGACUCAGGUGGAGGAACUCAAGAGCGUGAUCCGGCUGCUGCCCGUCUGGGCGAGCGGCAUCGUGUUCGCGACGGUGUACGGGCAGUCGACCACCAUGUUCGUGCUGCAGGGCAACACCCUGGAAGCCUCCAUGGGGCCGCACUUCUCCAUCCCCUCCGCCUCGCUCACCAUCUUCGACACCCUCAGCGUCAUCGCCUGGGUGCCCGUCUACGACCGCCUCCUCGUCCCGGCCGUCCGCUCCGUCACCGGUCACCCGCGCGGCUUCACCCAGCUCCAGCGAAUGGGCAUCGGCCUCGUCGUCUCCAUGUUCUCCAUGGUCGCCGCCGGUGUACUCGAGCUCGUCCGCCUCCGCGUCAUCGCUCGGCACGGGCUGUACGGGGAGCACGACGUAGUGCCCAUCUCCAUCUUCUGGCAGGUGCCGCAGUACUUCAUCGUCGGCGCUGCCGAGGUGUUCGUUUUCGUGGGGCAGCUCGAGUUCUUCUACGACCAGGCCCCCGACGCCAUGAAGAGCAUGUGCACGGCGCUGUCGCUGACAACGGUGGCGCUCGGGAACUACGUGAGCACGCUGCUGGUGACGGUGGUGGCCAAGGUGACGACGAGGGGCGGCAAGGAAGGGUGGAUCCCGGCCAAGAACCUCAACGUCGGCCGCCUCGACUAUUUCUUCUGGCUGAUGACCGUGCUCAGCGUCGUUAACUUUGCUAUCUAUCUGCCCAUCGCCAACUGGUACACCUACAAGAAGAGCGCCAAUGAAGGAGAUGAGAGAGAAAAUGGUACCAGUGACAAUUAA